UUGAAACUGAACUGAACUGAACUGAACUGAAAAGGCAGAAGAUGAAACACAAAGAAGGAGGUGGAUGGGGCUGUGUUUCUGAAGCUGCAUCCAGCCCCGGUUAAUGCCACCUGUUUUCCUUAUCUGGACUUCCGAGCUGUUCUGGCUUGACUGGGGUCUCGGAAAUCACCCGCACUGAUGAUGCUGAAGGGUUAUGGGAGUACUGGGUGCCUGGGUCUUCCCAUGGCUUCCCCUUCCCGGGAGACUAGAGCCACCUCAGUUUCCUGGAGACCAGGGCUGGGAGGGAGGUCUUGAGUUGGCAGCCUUAUCUGUUUCUGAGCAGGAGGGCCAGGAGAACUGGGGGAGGGGAGCUGGUUGUGGCUCCGCCUCAGGGGUGUGUGCGCUGACGUCUGUUACUCUGUGUUCUCCGACAGUGGGCAGGGCUGGGAAUGAAAGUUCCAAACCCAUGACCAAGAGGGCCUUUCACUGGCUGGGCAGGAACUUCCUUGGCUCUGGGAUUUCCUAGUCUGUCAAGUGACCAGAUGAUUUCUAAAGUUUGUUCCAGCUCUGACGCUUUCAGUUUUCAGAUCCUCUCGGCUUCAUCCUGUUGACCUCCGAGGCCAGAUGGUCUCAGCAGCUGGGGUCUCUCCUCAGCCUUUGAGCCAUCAUGUCCCAUCCCAGUGCCCCUCCUCCAUAUGAGGACCGCAGCCCCCUGUACCCUGGCUCUCCACCCCCAGGGGGCUACGGGCAGCCGUCUGUCGUGCCCGGGGGGUAUCCCGCCUACCCACAGCCUGGCUACGGUCACCCUGCUGGCUACCCACAGCCUAUGCCCCCAGUCCACCCGAUGCCCAUGAACUAUGGCCCAGGCCAUGGCUAUGAUGGCGGGGAGAGAGCAGUGAGUGACACUUUUGGAUCUGGAGACUGGGAUGACAGGAAAGUCCGACACGCCUUCAUCCGAAAGGUUUACACCAUCAUCUCCGUCCAGCUGCUCGUCACGGUGGGCAUCAUCGCUGUCUUCACCUUCGUGAAGCCGGUCGGUGACUUCGUGAGGGCAAACAUGGCCGUGUACUACGCAUCCUAUGCUGUCUUCCUGGUCACAUACCUGACCCUCGCCUGCUGCCAGGGACCCAGACGCCGUUUCCCAUGGAACAUAAUCCUGCUGAUCCUCUUUACUCUUGCCAUGGCCUACAUGACUGGCACCAUCUCCAGUGUGUAUAAAACCAAAGCCGUCAUCAUUGCAAUGAUCAUCACUGCUGUGGUGUCCAUUUCAGUCACCAUCUUCUGCUUCCAGACCAAGGUGGACUUCACCUCGUGCACAGGCCUCUUCUGUGUCCUGGGAAUAGUGAUGACAGUGACUGGGAUUAUCACUGUCAUUGUGCUGGCCUUCAAAUACGUUUAUUGGCUGCACAUGGUCUAUGCCGCUUUGGGGGCCAUUUGCUUCACUUUGUUCCUGGCCUAUGACACACAGUUGGUCCUGGGGAACCGGAAGCACACCAUCAGCCCGGAGGACUACAUCACCGGUGCCCUGCAGAUCUACACAGAUAUCGUCUACAUCUUCACCUUUGUGUUGCAGCUCGUGGGGAGUCGCGAUUAAGGAGCACCUCCAGGGCUUUCCCUUCCCUAGAGGGCUGGGCCCUAUGAUCCUGGUCUGGGCCUACACCCAUUUCCUUCUCAAGUAAUACGCCCAUUUUUCUUUCUGUCCCGGGAUGGGCAGCUUCUCUCGCUGUGGAUGUAUAGGCACCUGGUGCGGCUGGAGGAACUAGGGACUAACUCUUGCCCUUAGUGGACAGAGCUGGGCCAAAGAUGUGUGUUUUCCCUCCACUCCACUACAGGGCACCAAAGCCUUAACAGCUGGGGUUGGAGUCGGGUGGGGUGAAAAGAGCCUAUUCUGUAGCUCAAAGGGAACAUGAGAAGGAGAAGGGACUUCCUGGUGAUAAGGUUUCCCCUCCCACUCCCGCCAUGGGCUUCUGGGCUUGACAGCUGGAACACUUUUCCUCUCUCAAUCCCAACAAACCCGGAGAGCUGUCCCCUGCCUCCUGGACUCAUAUCUUGUACUUUUUGGCAACCCGUGGCACCUUUCAACACAGGAAGGUAGAGGGGGUUUGUCUCCUUUGCUUCAACCCCUUCUUUUGAUAGCAUAUAUAUGAUGGUCUUCUGGGUCAGGGGUGGGGAGGAAGUGGAGAGUGAGCCAAAUCAAACAUUGAGGCCAGUUGAGAGCAGCAUCUGUCCAAGCUUCCUCAGGGCUUGUGUGGUAGAGAGCAGGCCCCCUGGCAGUCACCUGGUUCUCCGAUAGCCAUAGCACAGCUGCCCGGGGCCUCUCUGGUACUUCUGAGAUCUCUAUAGUCUGUGGGACCACUUGCUUCCUGUGCUCAGGCUGCUCAGAGUAGAAAGUGAGGGCAGAAGUCAGGAGAUGGGGUGGUGUGUAGGAUCACUAUGGCCAGGAAGUAACUAGGGUGAAGAGAGCCUAGGGUGUGGGCAGGGUCCCCCACCCUGUCAGACAGAUAUGGAAGCCUAUGUGGUACCCAACGGGCUUCCCUUCUGCUAACUGGGGAGGGCCCUGAGAGGAAGAAGCCCCUCUUAGUCUGUGAACUCACGCUGAGGGGAUUUAAGAUGCCCCAUCUCUCCAGCCAACUACCGCUUUCUUCAUGACACCAAGUGCCUCAAGCUGCAUGGGGAAGGGGGACAAGGGUCACUCUACGGGGUGGGGGUGGAAACCAAAACAGCCCAAGGAUAUAAUUAAGACUUCUUUAUUAAGUAUUUGGUCCUAAGUAUAUCCCACAAAGGGACGUAACUAGAAAUAAAAUUUUAUGUUUAGAAGGUAAAA